CCCCAAUCUUCUUCUUGCUCGACUCGACAGCUACCAUUUGCAUCUCAAGCUCUUCCCCUCACACCCACCCCUCUAGAGUCCCCCGCGCUCCCCUUGCCCCAGCCCCCAUCUUGCCGCACACCUCGCAUCUCCACCACCUUGUUUUGAGACCACCCCCCACUACCCCCAGCCGCCAUGGAGGCAAGGCGGCGGCAAGCCUCUGCUUCCACAUCCACCUCUCUCUCUCACGAGGAGAGGUCCUUGGCCCACGGCAAAGGCUCGGGAAGCGUCACCCCCAAGCGCGAUGAGGAAGAUGACGGAGCACCUCGUCGCACGCGUGGUCGCAACCCCCUACCUCCCACCAACGGCCCCCUCUUUCCCCCACUACCUCCCAAGCAGUCGAAAAACUCGCCCAAAUACUCCCCCAAGGCGCCAUCCCGUAGCCCCGCCGGCAGGACCCCACGCCUAGCGUCGUCGAGCGCGCUCUCGAGCGCCAUCGAUGACGACGAUCGCACAUCAAAUGUGGAUUCGGACGCGUUGCAGCGCGAUGGCCUCCGCGCCUCGCCCAGCAAGCCCAACGUGCCACCGAGCGCCUCCAGCCUGACCCCGCCGCCGGGUGACGGUGACGAGAUGGACGUGGACACGAAUGGCAACGCGCCAUCCGAGGCCCCCGUCGCCACCAACACUGCCGCCGAGGACACCGGUGACGACUGGGACGCGUAUCGUCGCAGUCGGGGUGUCCGGAGUUUCAGCGGCGCGAAGCCCGCCCCAGUCAAGAUUGAGCCCGUCGACACGGAUGCCGUACCACCGCCAGUGGAGGAGCCAUCCAACGAUGUCGCAGCAGCCGCUGGCGACGAGGCUAUUAGCGACGCACCGGCACAUCCCGAUGCCUCGGGCGCUGCCGAGGAGCCGCCGGUGGACGACGAGGUCGUCGCCGACGAACCAGCGACCGAGGAAGGUGCCCCUGCCCCUACCGCCGAGGCGACCGAGGCUCAAGCUCGGGCGCGUAGGCGGCGGGGUGAGGAGCAGCUCCUUCUCGACGACCACCUCUUGCCCAAAGAGAUGCGCGUGCACGCCGCCAUCCCUCCAAGAAGAGAAAAGGCCCCAAGCUCAAAGCGCAGCGAGCCGCCUCCAGAGCCCAAAGAGGAAGAGCCAGUUGUCGAGGAGGACGUGGUGGAUGACGUUGCCGACGAGGAGGAGGAGGACGAGGAGGAGGAGGACGAGGAGGAUGAUGACAGCAAGGAGGAGAUCACGCGAUGUGUUUGCAAGAAUGAUGGCGAAGCAGAGGACGCCGACGUCAUGAUGAUCCAGUGCGACAAAUGCAACGUUUGGCAGCACGGAGGCUGUGUUGGCAUCUGGGGCGACGACGAGGCUCCCGACGAGUACUUUUGUGAAGAAUGUCGACCCGACCUCCACAACGCUCUCCGCAAGUGGAUCAGACGGAGUCCGCGUAACGCACCCUUCGUUGCGCCAACGCCAUCGGAGCUGCAGGCCUUGCACAACAGCAACGACAAGAAUCCGCCAUCUCAGUCAAAACGCUGGACCGACCCAGAUCUCAUGGACCCGCCUCCUCCCAAGCCCACUCCGAGGUCACAUCACCGCAAGGAGACCGAGUCGGAUGCGGGCCGAAGAAGCGCGCGUGGCCGUGACGCCCCAGCACCGAAUGGGAGGGACAAGAGUGCCAUCUCGUCCAAGGACGGUGCCAGGGAUCGCCGACGACCAACCAACCGCCGAGUGUCCACGGACGUGUCGUCAAUGUCUCCACCUCCAUCUGGGCGUGGAGGUGUCGGACCCGAACCUCGGAAGCGGAGCACGAUGAACUCGCGCGAUGCGGCCUACGAGGAGGCACUAAAGGCCAGUCUGGAAGCCAGCCGCCGCGAGUUGUCUGGAGACCCCGAGAAGGAGGAGUCGGCAGACGACCGCAAGCGGAGGCGCCCUGAAGACGAUGAUGGUGAGGAGGCCAAGAAGGGCAAGAAGAAGAAGGAGGACGAAGAUGAGUCCUCUGAAGCCACCGCUCCUUCGGCACCGUCAAAGCCCAAACACCCCAACCAGUAUACGUACCGCCCCAAGAGCAGCGCCAUCGCCCAGUCUCCUGCACGGAGAGGAAAUGGAACCCCGCAACCUACUCUCCCGCCUCCUUCCCACGAGCACGGCACACGACGCGCAGGUGCCAUUGCCAGCAGCCUGGCGUCGGCAAACUACGCCACUUCGUCCAUCUCCAACCUCAACUGGUACCUGCCAGACCACCUCUCCGCAUGGUCCGACUUGUUACCGGCCUCAACACCGACACCAUUGGUAGUCCCGACUCCGCGAUCACUGCAGUUCUUGCCUCGAAGCCACUUUUUGAACCAGCGAUACGGCCCUUUCACCGAGGAUCGCGACGAGGCUGGAAAGCUGAUCUUGCCAGAUGAUCGGGCUUUGCGGGAAACCGACAGCGACGCAGUCAACCACCGGGAGCCGCCGACUCGGGUCCGGUAUCCCGUCAAACGCAUCACCGUCUCCGAGAUGCGCAAGAGGGUUAGAAACGUGCUGGAAUACGUUGGCCGCGUUCAAAUAGAAGAGACCAAGCGCGGUGAACGGGCCAAGCAGAUUGGCAUCCCCGAGACGCUGGCGCCGCGUCCACGGCUACCUCCUCUCAGCGAAGAGAGGUACGGCAAGGGCAAGGGCAAGCAUACUCCGAUCCCGGAGCCCGCUGAGGACGCCGAUGGCGACAUUGCCAUGACGGACGGCGAGGCUGUCCGGACAAGAUCGCCCACGCCGACACCACCGACUGCUGCUCAGCUAUUAGAAGAGCUGACGGCCGACCUCAUCGCCUUUCAGGAAGCCUUUCAUACGGGCGACUUUGAAUCGCUCAGCUUUGUCACUCCGGCUCGGCAACCUUCAGCCGAUGCGCUGGCUGUGCCAGCGUCGGCAUCUUCCUCUGCGGGAUCAGUUGCGCCGUCUGCAGCACCAGAGCCCGAGUCGACUGCCGAGGCAAAUGGUGACGCUGAGGCUGCGGUGGAGGCUGAUGGCAAGGAUGGUGAGGAGGUGCCACCGGAGCUCCCUGUGGAGGAUACACCGACAGCAGCGGCUGUGGACGGCGACACUGAGAUGGCCGACGCCGAGGUGGGCGAGCCCUCAGCCCCCGUCACCGAGGACAAGCUCGCGCCCCCACCGCUUGCCGAGGAGACUCCGCUGAUAGAUGAACCGAGUGACCGCCCGCGCACAAUGGCCGCGUACCCAUAUCUCGCGCGCACGACGUUCAAGUACAAGUCGCCGCAUGCGACGGAUCUGUCGUUCGCCAAGGGCGAGACCAUCCGCGUGACCGGCGAGUCGCCCGACGACGAGGACUGGGCCAUCGGCGAGAGCCUCGACGGCACGCGAUCAGGCGGGUUCCCCAAGGACUUUGCCGUCGCGAUCGAGGAGGAGGAGGAGGCGGCGGCGCCGGUGGUGCCAGCGCCUGCAGUCGUAGCUGCCGCCGUGCCAGCGCCGGCCCCAGUCGCUCCGCCUCCCCCAGCCGCCGCCCCCGUCGAGGAGCCGGCGCCGCCCGCACCCCCACCCGCCGCUGAGCCUGUGCCCCCGCCCCCAGCCCCGGUCGAGCGCGUGGCCGAGGCGACACCCGUCGCGUCGCCCGUCGCCGAGGCGCCGCCAGCCCCGAUCCCCGCCCCGAUCCCUGCGCCCGUCGCCUCCGCGCCCAUCCCCGCCCCCGCGCCUGCCCCAGCGGCCAAGCCCCCCUCCCCAGUCGCCGUCAAGCCGGCCUCGCCCCCGCCAGCUGCUGCCCCGCCCCCCGCGCGCGCUCCCGUUGCCGUCGCGGCGGCGGCGGAGGGCGACGACGCACCCAAGCCCCAGUCGAUGAAGGACCGCCUGGCCUUCUUCAACGCCGCCCAGCAGAAGACGGCCCCGCCGCCGCCCAUCAAGCCCAAACCCGCGGCUGGCGGCCUCACCUGGAGCCAGCGCCAGAAGCUCCGCCAGGAACAGGAGGCAAAGGAGCGCGAGGAGGCCGCUGCGCGUGGCGAUGCUGCCUCGCCCCCGCCUGCUGCUCCUGCAGCCGUUGCUACUGCCGCUCCAGCUGAGGCUGCUGCUCCGGCCGCACCCGCCGCGCCCAUCGCCCGAGCGACCUCGCGCGACUCGGAAGAGGGCACCGGCAUGUCGGCUGCUGACGCCGCCGCGGCCGUAUCGAAGGGAGGCUCGCUGAAGGAGCGCAUGGCGGCGCUCGCGUCGGGCGGUGCGUUCGGAGCACCGGCCGAGCGCCCGCCUCCCCCCAAGCCGUCCGGCAAGGUCUGGACGCGGCCCGUCGCUCCCCCCGCUCCCGAGCCCGUGGAGGGCGAGGAGGACGGCGCUGCAGCUGCGGCUGUCCCACCCCCGCCCAUCGCGAUCCCCCGCGCCGAUCCCGAAGAGGGAGAGGAGGCUGACGAAGCCCCGGCCGAGCAGACCGAGGAGGACGACGAGAAGGCCCGCCGUGCAGCCAUCGCCGCGCGUAUGGCCAAGCUCGGCGCUCGUGGGCCGAUGGGCUUCGCCCCGCCUGUCCCUGCCGCUCGCCCGACCCCAGCCCGCAAGCCGACCGCUGAGGCAGUGACGCCUUCGGAGGAGGUCAGCAAGGCUGUGGAGCCCGAGGACGUGGCUAGCCCCGCGGAUGAGGCCCCGGCCGCACCUGCCGCCGAGCCCGAGGCCCCGCCCGCCGCAUCGCCGAUCGCGGCUUCCGUGCCCAUCCUUCCCCCUAUCGCCACCGCCGCCGACGACGCAACAACCGCGGCACCCACGUCGGUCAAGAUGCCCCCCAUCGCGCGCCGUGCCGCUGGCCCUCGCAAGCGCGGUACGACUCCGGCUGCUGCCUCGCCUUCCGCCUCGGCGCCCGAGACCCCGGUCGACGCAGCCCCGCCCGCGCCGCCCGCCCCGGUUGUCGCUGAGCACGUUGCUGAGCCAGCUGCCUCCCCAGUGGCACCUCCAGCUCCCGAGAUCAACCCUCGCCUCGAGCGCAUCCUCCCUGACGGCACCAUCGAGCCGCCGCCCCAGAUUCCCGUCUACGGUGAGGAGGACCCCCUGCCCAAGAGCCCAGAGCAGCAGCGUCUCGAGAAGAUCGAGACUGUUAUCGGCGCUGGAAUUCUUGGCGUUGGCGGUGCCGCGGCGGCAGGUAUCGCUCUUUCCCCUGCUCCAGCUUCCCAGCACACCGAGAUCCCCGACCCUCCUCCCCAGGUGGCCAGCGAGGAGACGCCGCUCCCCAAGUCGGCUGCCGAGUUGGACGUUGAACGCAUUGAGGAGAACCUCGGCGGAGGCGGCCACGGUGCGACUGGUGCUGCUGUCGCUGGCAUCGCUCUCUCGCCCAUCGGCGACGACGAGGAUGGCGAGGAUCAAGCCACUCUCGACGCACUCCGUGCGGACGGUGCUCAUCUCUUCGUGGCGCAGGGCGACGACGAGCACGAGGCCCAGGACCCCAAUGCGCCACCUGCCAACGCAUCGUACUACAACGCGGAGCCCGAACCCGAGCCUGUUGACGCCUCCAAGGCCGCUCGUCGCUUGUCGGCAAACCGCCCGGGUGGACCUCGUCCCCUACCCACUCGCCCUCCAGCUCACGACGAUGAGGAGGAUGGGGAGGCGGAGGGUCAGCACGAUGACGAGCCCGCAACGGCUUCGGCCCCACCCCCGCCUCCCCCAGGCCGGCCGGCCCCACCUCCAGAGGAGCCGCCUCAGGUGCCCUCCGUCCCACCAGCUGCGGCGGUCCCUCCCCCGCCUCCUGUCGGUCGUCCCUUGGCCCCUCCUGUGCCCCAGCACGACUUUGUCGAAGUGGACGAGGAGGAGAUUGAGGUCAUUGAGGUUGACCCGGAACACAUUGAGGUUGACCCGGAACAGGAGGACGAGGCUCCCCCUCCUUCCCCUCCGGCUCGCCAGCCGACAUCCCCCCCGGUCCCUCCUGCCCACCAGAGGACACUCCCUCCGCUGCAAACCUCGCCGCCGCCACCGCCCCCCGCGCGCAGCGCGACGUCGCCCACGGCCACGAGCCGGUCUCCGAUUUCGCCUGCCGCUGCCGCUGCCGCCGGUAUCGGCGGUCUCGGGGCACUCGCUGCUGGUGCUGGGAUCGCCGCUGCGGCUGGGUCGUCUGACGGCGCCGAGGGCGACGCCGCGGACGCCGAGGCCUCGCGUCGUGCCGGCAUUGCCGCGCGCAUGGCCAAGCUCGGAGGCAUCAAGUUUGGCGCUCCUCCCCCCGUGUUCAGAAAGCAGAGCGUGGAUGAAGCUUCCUCCCCUGUUGUCGCCAAUGAUGCCGCUCAGUCCCCCGUAGUGACAUCGCCUGACGACCCGGAGCACCCUGACGCCGAUGCGGAUGACCCGCACCCACCUACCAGAGCGCCCCGCCCGUCGUUGGUCCCUGGGUCUGCCGAGGACCCGAGCUCGCCAGAGGACGAGGCUGCGCGUCGCCGUGCUACUCUUGCUCGUCUCCGUGCUACGGGUGCUCUCGGGUUCGGCCUCUUCAGCGGUCCUCAGGCUGUGGAGGAGGCCGAAGAGGCAGAAGACGAGCGGGGUGUGGAGGAAGAGGCUGAGGAGGACGAGGCUCCUCCUCCCCCACCUCCGGCUCGCCCUGCUGUCCCAGGCCACCGUGCUUCCCUUCCGCCCCCACCACAUGCUGCGCGCCCUCCCCCUCCCCCUCCUCCUCCCGAGGACGAAGACGAGGAGGAGGAUGAGGAAGAAGAAGAGGAGGAGGAGGAGGAGGAGGAGGAUGCUCCCCCUCCCCCGCCGCCUGCUCGUCCGGCUGUCCCGAUCCCAUCGAGGUCUGCCACUCAGGUUGUUCCCCCCAGCCCCAUUGCGCCUGCCCGUGCUGCCCCGCCCCCUCCUCCACCAGUGGAGAACCAGCGCUACGUCGAGGACGACGCCCCACCCCCGCCUCCCCCACCUCGUGCUCCUCAGAAGCAGCCCAGCCUCCCUCCUGGGUACGCCCCACCGGUUCCCCAGUCGCCUGCGGAGCAUUCGCGGGCCAGCUUUGACGCUCCACCCCCGCCACCUCCACCAGCCCGCCAGGCCACCCUGCCGCCUCCGCCCUCGCGCCAGUCCACCCUCCCGCCCUCUCCAGGUACCCCGCUCAUACCCCCGGUGCUCGGCGGCGCUGUUAGUCAGGUAACCUCGACCGGCUCUGGAGACCACCAGGCUGGGCGUGCAUCGCUCUCGGCCCACCGACCCGGCUUCAACGAGUUACAGCAGGCGUCGACUACCCACGGUGCGGCUCUCAUCCGCGCCGCGCGUAGCGUGUUCGACCAGGGCAAGCGCGGAUACUAUGGUGACGGCUCGCCGACUGGGUUCAUUCGCAUCGCUUUCGAGCAGGCGCACCUCAACGCUCCUGAUCUGACUGGUCCGCCUGGGCUGCCGGUGUACGAGCAAGAGGCGUCGAGCGUGCUCAAGCGCCUCGACGAGCCCCGUCCCGGAGACAUUGUCGCCAUCUACGACGGCAAGUUCAAGGGCAAGAAGGGUCUGCAGAGCUACACGCAGCAGAUUGGCAGCGUCGAGGACCCGCUGCUGGGCAUUAUCGCCGAGUACGACGUCAAGAACAAGCACAAGCUCCGCGUGUUGCAGGUCGAGCGCGGGCACCCCGACGAGAUCAGCUACCGUCUCGAUGACCUCAAGGGCGGCCGGGUUGUCGUCUACCGCAUCGGCUUCUAG